GUGAAAUGACAUAAACGUCAAAUUUUCAAUGUCGCCAUCUAGCUAAUUGUUGUGGAUCGAAUUAAAAACAAAUGUCUUUUUAAAUAAUUAUGCGAAAAAAAGCAAAAUGCCAUAAAAUUUCAUGUAGUAAAAUGAAAGGCGUUAAUCAAGAUAAAUGGCAGGAAUAAACUGGUAUCAGUCAAAUGACAAGUGCUCAAAUGGCACUUGCAUUACGGAGGAAAUGCAAAUUCCGUUUUAUUCUUUAUCAAAUGUACAAUUAAGAUUUUUAUGCCCUAGCGAUUUAGAUGAAGUCCGGGCCCUUUGCCAGGACUGGUUUCCUAUAGAAUACCCCUUUUAUUGGUAUGAGGAAAUUACUUCCAGUAACAGCCGAUUUUAUUCAUUGGCUGCAGUUUAUAAUCAAACAAUAAUAGGAUUAAUAGUAGCAGAAAUUAAAUCACAUGCCGACCUUAACGAAGAAGAUUCAGGGAUUCUUGCCAAAUCGAUUUCCGAUUCCGAUAUAGCUUAUAUUUUGUCUCUGGGAGUUCUCAAGCAAUAUAGGCGCAAUGGUAUUGCGUCUUUACUACUAGACUCCUUGCUAAGGCACCUUACAACUCCUGAAAGGAAAAAAGUGAAAGCAGUAUUUUUGCAUGUUCUAACAACGAAUUCAGCUGCCAUUAUGUUUUAUGAACAUAGGAAAUUUAGAUUACAUAAUUUUUUACCAUACUAUUAUUCCAUAAAAGGUAAAUGUAAGGAUGGUUUUAUGUAUGUUUUAUACAUUAAUGGAGGACAUCCGCCGUGGACUAUCUACGAUUACAUAAAAUUCAUAUGUGGUAGAGUGAUAAAAGGAGCAGGUCUCUUUCCUUGGGUGCUAGUGAAUGUAAACAAGGCGAUUCAGUGGGUUUGGAGGAACAAAACAAGUCAACAACAUGAUAACCUUUAGAAAAGCUGGAACUAGUCUGUUGCAACACCCUGUCAAUUAGGCAUUGAAGUACAAUUGUAUUAGAAUCUAAUGAAAUAAUUAAACAACCUUUAAUUUUUCGGGUGUAUUGCAAAUAAAAACGUGUAAAUAUUUGAUUAGAUACGUAAGUAUUUACAUUUAGUUAAUGUAUUCAAAGAUUAUUUCUGCAGAAAUAAGAACAGUCCUAUAGUACCUGUGUUGAAGUGUUUCAUAAAAAAUGCAGUUUAGAUUUAAUAACGUAAUUGUUUGUCUUAUUAUUGAUUUCAUUAUCCUAGAUAACCUUAUCUACUUAAAUUUUUCUACUAAACUAAAUAUAUAUACAUAUAUACUAGGGUGUCAGUAAUUUCCCAAGUUGAUUUUUUU